AAGCCAUUAUUAAGAAUACAAUUGAGGCUUUCAAAUUGUUUCAACUGUUAGCAAAAAAUAAGAUCCCUCAAGCGCAAUUUAUUCUAGAUAAAUUUUAUAAAAUUUCAAGCACACAUUUACCUCAUAAUAAUGAAUUAAAAGAAAUAAAUAUCAAAAACGAAAAUAUCAAAUUCUUUCAUGGAAUAACAGAUCAAGGAUUUCAAAUUACACAAUCUUUCUUGCCAGCAAUCAAAGAUGACUUUACACCUUUGCUUAAAAUUGCUACUGUAAAAAGUUUUUUAUUGAAGCACACUUCAACAAAUCCUGAAUUGUCCUCGCUAUCACAAGGAAUAACCAAGGAACAGAAUUCUAUUCAGGAAUCAUUUAUCGAUCAUAUGCAAUUCGAUCUAUUGACAACAGACAAUAUUUAUUACGAAAUUUUAAGUGAACAACUAUCGAUCGUGUUUGAUUUGCAAAACUUAAAACCAACUGACGAUUUAUGUAAAGAAGUUCAAAAAGCCUUAAAUUCGUAUACACCUUUUGAAAAUUUAAAGCUUGUAUUUCAAAAAUUUGGACAUUAUUUUUAUACAAAACUAGUCAUUGGUAAUAAGCUGCAAAGAAUUGUUCAACUAUCUUUAAGAAAGGUUAAGGACGAAGCAAAAGAAUUUAAUGAUAUUUUUGAAAUAGAUCCCUUUUUAAAGAACUUGAAAGCAUUGGGUCAAUCGUUUGAUUCUUCAUAUAUGACGUCAUUGGACGGUAGUUUGAUAGAACUAAGCGAAAUUCCUAAUUGGCUUAAAACAGUAUCAAACCAAGAGUCUGGAUGGUAUAUUGUAAAGCGUGUCGUCGAACCACUAUACAAAAUUCUUGACAAAGAUCAACAGCACGAGAUCGAAAAUCUUUUUGUAAAGAAGAAUUCCUUAUUAAUGUCUAAAAAAUCAGCACUUUUGGAUUAUAGUUCCGAGUAUCAGCGAAUUAAAUUUGAUAUUGAAUUUGAUAUUGAAUUUGAUAUUGAAUUUGAUAUUGAAUUUGAUAUUCAAUUGAAAAGUAAUAAUUAUCAACUAUUUGGUAUUAUAGUUACUUGCAAUGACGAAAAGCUUGAAGAAGUCUAUGUGAAAUUUAGCAUGAAGACCAAAUUUGGGUUUUCGGUUGACUGGCAUGAUUUUCGCCAAGAUUAUAUUCAAGCAGAUGAUAAAUCAACUUAUGACAGUGCAAGAAGACCUUAUUUUCUUCGAUGGAUAUUAAUCGGUUGCCCGAUCGAAAUCGGAUAUUUCGAUCCUAAUACUCGUGACAUAUCAGUUAACGUUGGAUCUAAAGAAUUAAACCUUAAACAAUCUGUGAAGAUUGAUGUGGGUGAAUCACGUUCUCAAAAAAAUAUUGUCGCAUUUGAUAUAGAAUAUGGUUCGUUGCCGACUUUUCUAUUCUUCCAAAUGGACAUUGAAACGAAUAUUGAAGAAAGAUCUAUUGAAGUGCAAAUCAAAGAGGAAGAUGGUGCUACGUUGAUUGAAGAUGAUGACUUCGUCAUUACAAUUCGAUUUUGUGCGCCACCUAGAAUCUUGGCUCUUGCAGUUGUGUUGGUACGUGCAAGAGUUCAGACUCGAGUUACACAAAAAGUGCAAUUUCAAGCUUUCUACAUCAAAUCUUUUACUAGUUUUUGA